AUGUUGCUGGGGUCAUACUUUAUUUUGAACCAUGCACUCGAAACUGAGUCCAUAACCAUACAGCCAUACGCCCUCCAAUCCACUAAUCGACGAGAUCAUGAAGACCAUCUGGAAGUUGUACGUAUACCCGAUGUGGAGUCAACUGAAGCGGCUAAGAGUGGUGGUAAUUUCAGUAUGUGUGCUGGAGACUUUGCCGAAGUAUACGCAACACAAAUUGGAGCAUGGGACGCUGUCCUUACAUGUUUCUUUAUGGAUACGGCACAGAAUAUAAUCAGAUAUAUACAUACUAUCGCCACCGUCAUACCCACUGGAGGUGUCUGGAUCAAUUUUGGACCAUUGCUCUACCACUUCGCUGACAGUGUUAUCGAACCCAGCAUCGAACUCAGCUACGAAGAAAUCAAAUCAAUUGCUUCAAAAUAUUUUGAAUUCAAGGAAGAGAAAUGGCAAGAUGCAUUUUAUACUAGCUGUCCCAAGUCCAUGAUGCAAACACUAUACCACUGUGUUUUCUUUGUUGCGAUUCGUAAUGACAAGAAGUCACCACAGUCAAUUUAUGAUGAAUGUAAGGUCACCAACAGAACGGCAAAAGAUUUACCACUCGGACCGGAAUACGAUGGAAUGUGA